AUGAAGGAUAAUGCUUGCGAACAGAAGAGGUGUUCUGACACUGAAACUCAAGCAGAUCAGUCACCUUUAAUAGACAGCUUUUGCGGCCAGAACGGUAACUGCACCGCUAGUAGCACCUAUCAGACAAACCUCAACAACCUUCUCGGUUCUCUUUCCUCCCCCGGCAACGAUAACGGCUACGGUUUCUACAGUUCCUCCGUCGGAGUAAACUCCGACAAAGUUAAUGCAUUCGGCCUCUGCAGAGGAGAUGUCAAGGCUGGUGAUUGCGAAAGUUGCGUCAGCCAAGCUAGUGAUCCUCUCAAAAGAGCAUGUCCUGUCCAGAAGGAGGCCAUUAUAUGGUACGACUAUUGCAUGUUGCGCUACUCGAAUGAAUCAUUAUAUGGCAUCGUGACAACAGACCCUUCUGUGUUUCUGUCAAACACACAAAACGUUUCGUCACCGGAUGAGUUCAAUCGGCAGCUGAAGUUGUUAUUGGAAGGACUAAUUACUAAAGCUGCAGCAGGAGGUACUGAUAGGAAGUUUGCACUGGGCACAAACACAACCGCCAGCUUUGUAACAAUAUAUGGACUUGCACAGUGUACUCCAGAUUUGUCGCUGGAAGAAUGCACUCAAUGCUUAAAUGCAGCGUUGGCACAAAUCCCACUAUAUAGUUAUGGGAAGAUUGGUGGGAAUGCUGUUGCACCCAAGUUGUAUCUUAAGGGUAGGCUUUGGAACGAAGAGGAGAUAGCAGUGAAAAGGCUCUCCAGAGAUUCUGCACAAGGAGAUAUAGAAUUUAAAAAUGAGGUGGUGCUAGUGGCAAAGCUUCAACAUCGAAAUUUAGUUAGGCUCCUUGGUUUCUGUCUGGAGAGAAAUGAAAGACUUCUUGUCUAUGAGUUUGUCCCAAAUGCAAGUCUUGAUCAUUUCGUAUUUGGUAUAGUUGAAGACUUGAAGCCUAUUCAUGUGUAUGACAUUCUUCCGAUGAAUCCAAUCAAGCGUGAACAGUUGGAUUGGGAAAUUCGCUACAAGAUUAUACUAGGGAUUGGGCGAGGACUCCUUUACCUUCAUGAAGAUUCUCGUCUUAGAAUUAUCCAUCGUGAUCUCAAAGCAAGUAAUAUUUUAUUAGAUGCAGAAAUGAACCCCAAAAUUGCAGAUUUUGGUAUGGCAAGAUUGUUUAAUAUCGAUCAAACACAAGGCGAAACCAGUCGAGUUGUGGGAACUUAUGGAUAUAUGGCUCCUGAGUAUGUAAUGCGCGGACAUUUUUCUGUGAAGUCCGAUGUCUAUAGCUUUGGUGUGUUGGUUUUGGAGAUAGUAAGCGGACAGAAAAAUAGCUCUUUUCGUCAUGAAGGAAAUUUGGAGGAUCUUCUAGGCUAUGCAUGGAAUAGUUGGAAGGGAGGGACAUCUUCAAAUUUGAUAGAUCCCAUGUUGAGGACUGGUUCGAGGCCUGAAAUAGUGAGAUGCAUCCAUAUUGGAUUGUUAUGUGUUCAACAAAGCAUAGGUGAUAGACCAACCAUGGCUGCAAUCAUUCAAAUGCUUACCAGCAACUCUGAUGAUCUCCCAGUACCCUCACAACCAGCGUUUUAUAUGUAUAAUCAAGGCAUUGGAUCCUCAUCCGACAUGUCGUUGGGAUUUGAGACUUUAGAGAGACGUUAA